AUGGUGCUCCACAAAGCCAUCCAAGCAGCUCGUGAGGGGGAUGUGAAGGCCCUAAGGGUCCUGCAUGUCUCUGGAUGCCUCAGUCCCACCAUCGCAGAUGCCCAGGGAGCUUCACCCACCCACCAUGCUGCCCGCUGUGGGCAACUGUACUGUCUGCAGUUUCUGGUGAAAGAAGCUUGCUUUUCCUGCCACACCCGCACCAGGAACGGAGCUACUCCAGCCCAUGAUGCUGCUGCCACUGGGAAUGUCCGAGAGCUGCAAUGGCUGUUGAAACAGGGGACUUGUGGGAUUGAGGAUCGUGAUGGUGAGGGAGCAACAGCCCUGCACCUGGCUGCUAGGUUUGGCCAUGUGGAGGCAGUACAGUGGCUGCUGUCUGAAGGAGGCAUCACUGAGGUGGAGACAGACUGUGGAGCUCUGCCUGUCCAUUAUGCAGCAGCCAGUGGAGAUCUCACCAUCAUCAAACUGCUCAUAUCCAUCUCCCCACGGUGUGUGGACCGGCAGACAUGCACUGGGGCCACUCCACUAUAUCUGGCUUGUCAGGAGGGGCAUCUACAUGUGGUUGAAUAUCUGGUGAAGGACUGUGGAGCAAAUGUUAACCUGCAGGCCAAGGAUGGCAUGAGUGUCCUACAUGCCGCUGCUCACAUGGGACACUAUGUCCUGGUGGUCUGGCUGGCUUCCUUCACAGAUCUGGAUCUGUCCUGUCAGGAUAAGGAUGGGGCCACAGCACUGCACUUUUCCGCUAGCGAGGGCCAUCAUCGCAUUGUGGAGCGUCUCUUAAUAAUGGGAGCAAAAGUCUUGAAAGACCACUGGGGUGGGACCCCCCUGCACGAUGCAGCUGAGAAUGGAGAACUGGAGUGCUGCCGAGUGCUGCUGAAUAAUCAAAUCAGUCCAGUGGAGAGAGAUUUGGAUGGUUUUACAGCAGUGGACCUGGCAGAGUACAAUGGCUAUCAUGACUGUGCCAACUUCCUCCAGUCUGCAGAUGGUUAUCCUCCACCAGAUGUUGUUCUUAUAGAGGAAGAAAGGACCUUGUUUAGCACAACUGACCCUUACCAGGACAUUAAGGACCUGUCAAGUGAACGCAGGAUGGAAAACAACAAGCCGGUGAACGAGGUACCUCCACAGCCUCGUGUCUCUGCACCAUGCCUGGAUGCCUCAUCUGCAUUACCUGUCUCCUUACAGGCUAGGAGAGCUGGGUCUGGAACCAUUCAACACAUGCAAGUGGCCUCUACAGUCGUAACCUCAUUCAACAUAAAGAAGCACCUUGAAGAAGAGGAGGCAAUUUUAGCUCACAAGUCCAUGAGGUCUCUGAGACAAGCAGGAAUCACAGCGGUCUUCACUGGACAAACAGUAAAUAAAGGAGAGAAUGGAAUUGUUCCCCUUUCAGCUCUCGAAGCAAACCUUGCUGACAUUGAUUCUCUGAUCCCAACUCAUGAUGGGGAAGGGAGGCCCAUUGCUGAAUGGAAGAGGCAGGUUAUGGUUCGCAAGCUCCAGGCUCGACUGCAGGAUGAGAACGACCAGAGUAGAAAAGACAAUAUUGGUAAAAAUAUGGAGGUGGAUGGUUGGAGGUAUUCCCAAGUCCACAAUGUAAUCUUGGGCCCCUUUGGAGAGUUGCUUACUGAAGAUGACUUGGUCUACUUGGAGGGACAGAUUGAAACCAUCUCCCUUCAGAAACAAUGUCAGGCCUACGAACUUGAACUUGCCCGCCUGGCAGACGAACUCAAGGCCAUCCUUCCCGCUCCCAUUGUUAAUAACACUGUCAACACCCAGUGCCACCAGCACCCAAACAUGGAAGAAUCUCUGCCUCUUCCCGUGUGGUACAAUCGUAUCUCAAAUAUAGUGAAGAGCAUGUCCCUGCUCCUGUCAAACCUCACAGAAACGAAUGGCGACGAUGGCAACUGCAAAAUACCAAACACAGACCUUUUAUCAGUUUUCACAUAUCAGCCAGAGAGGCAAAGUUCCAUCAGAGAACGAAGACAAAUGGUAGUACUGGAGAUCCAGCAGUCUGGAGUUUCUGUGAGAAAUUUGAGGUCAAACUUUGAGAGUCAGAUGGGUAACAUCUACCCAUUUUCUGGGCUAUUAAACAGCACACCGCAUCCAGACACGAGGCAGCAAAAACUGGAGUCUUCUCCACCAAAUCAAAAGGAGCAGUCCAUGGAGAUGAUCCAAAGCACUGACUUAAAUCAUGUUAAUGACAAUGGCAUCAAAUGCAAACAAGCACCUGGCAAUGAAGCUGCUAAAGUGAUAGAAACCAACUCCUUACGAAAGGAGCGCAUUGUUGUCCUCUUCUUGAGCCACUGGAAAAGGUCUGCAUAUGCAAUAUCAAUGAGAGCCAAAAUUAAACAAGAGCUUGGCACUCAGAGGUCUGGAGAGACCUAUCUGACAGGUGAAGGAAUUACAGCUCCGGUGUCCAAGCCAGGUACCAGAUCACUGUAUCAUCUCUACAGGCAAAGGACUGCAAUAGACAAAAUGAUUGGCAACUGGAAACUUAUUGCCUCAGGGGUCCCUUCACGUCAGAUCCGCAGCCUACAGAGGAAGCGUGUAACUUACUCACCUGAGCAGUUCCUGCCUCGUGUGGACGGUGCUCCUGUGGCUUACGAAAGCCUGACCCUUGACCUUUUCAUGCUUGGCUAUUUUCACAUUCUAGAGCAGGACCUCUCUGCUGAGGAGCGCAAGAUGAGGCACCUGUUAUGCUUUGAGGUUUUUGACCAUGUCGGGAACUUUGCCUGGGAGAUGGUCCGAGACUUUCACCGGGCUGUCCUCCGGGACAUUGAGGCUGGAGGACGUGAGUGGAGAGAUGGUUUUGAGGACAUCAAAAUAGAAUAUUUUGGGAAAAGGGAAAAUGGGAUUUCUGUGAAGGAUUCCCAUACUGAGGUUAAAGCCGUGCCGAAGGUUAAAAUAGAGAACCCCAUACCAGAGGAUAGGGUACAUCCAAGCAAAGAUGGAAGCAAUGACUUCUCAUUGUUCAGUAAUGAUGAAGUUUGUAAAUAUAUUGAUCGUAGUUUCACCUUCUGGAAGGAGAAAGAAGCUGAGUUGUUUGAUUUUUGA